UUGAAGCAUUCACUUUAAAUGUGUAGGUAUAUAUAUAAAUUCUGACAGAGAAAUUAAUCUCAGCUGAGAUCCAACGAAGGCGCCGGUCCAAAAAUCCAGCCGAGCGAGAUUAACGGAAAAAUAUAUAAUACUCUGUAUGUCUCUGAUUCUAAUAAGUGUUUAAACCAACAAAUGUCACUGAAAUAGCAACAGACUCAAAACUGGCUAUGUAUAAUCCUUUUCUCAGUCAUAUGAUGUUUUUUACUGUUCACAAAAUUGAUCUACAUAGUAAGACCAGUAACUACAGAUGUGAUGAAAAGUUGUUAUAAUUUGAUCUUAUAAAAUGUAGAAAAGGUCUGUUUUCAUUUACAUUUUGAAUAGUAAAAACAUUUUGACUCAUUUAUUUCAUUUCCACUAUCUGUUUGAUAGUACAGUUGAAGUUCAGUAUUUCAAACACUGAUAUCUCUGAUACCAUGGAUAUGUCAAAGUGAUUCGGAAGACCCAACCACUUAUUCUUUCAGUAUUUUACCCUUGAUAUCUUGAAUCUUCAGAUAUCUCGAAGGGUUUUUUUCCAGUCCCAUUGAGUUUGAGACAACUAGACUUGACUGUAUAUAUCAGCAGUGUUUAUAAGUAGAAUGGAUGUGUCCCUACAAAAGAAAAGGUGGCGACCUGAGAUAGCCCCGCCUACUGAGGAGAUUCUCACAGAAGGACAGAAGCAACUAAAGACUCUAUUGGACAAACAGUUGCAGAAGGAUGUCACAAUUCAACAACAGUUGGCAGAAAAGCGGACAUUCACAUCAGCAUCCUCCCACUGCCCAGCAGUGGGCUCACUGUCAGGACUGACAACUUUGGAGCAGUUUCAGGAAGUGGACAAGUUUGAUGUUUAUACAGAAGAACUUAAGAAAUGUGGCUUAACGGAGGCAGAAAUUAAAAUUAAAAUGAUGGCUGAUAAUGCCCAGUCACAGAAAAAAAGGAAUUUUGGUAUAGACCCAACUAUACUGGAAGAAAAUUUGAAGAAAAUUGAGGAGAAAAUUGAGAAGAAAAAGUUAGAUUUAAGUCAGAAGAUCAAAGUCCAUGGGCAGAAGGCCUUGAGCAGACAUGAAAUGGAGCUGGAAAGGUCACUUCUCAGAGACUGUGAAUCAGAUGACAGCAGGAAAGUGAUGCAUGCAUUAACAACUGUACGUGAUCCAAGGGAGAUUACUUUGUCAAACGAUCCCAUGAAUCAGUUGCCUGAAAUACUGGAGAAAAUAACCAGAAGUUCGAAUCCAGAGGGGUACAAAAGAAGGAAAAGAAAACGGAAAAAUAAACACAAUGAGAUGACGGACUGUGAUGCAGCAUGUCCAGGAGUGGAAGGAGCAGAAAAGGGGAUGGAGGAAAGUUCUUGUAUUUUAGACAGCAAUCAAACAGACAACAUGAAAGAAGACUGUGGGGAGCUGGCUACGUGUGCACCAAGGCCCUUAACUCCUGUGCCAGAAGUAACAUUGGAAGACAUUCAGAAAAAUAGACUCACAAGUGCAGAAAUCAAAAUGAUACCUAGAUUUGAAAAUUAUUGCCCAGGAGACCCUAGUAAUGUUCUUUACUUGAAAAAUUUAUCAGGAAAAGCUCAUCAACAAGACCUAGAAUCUUUAUUUAAGAAAUUCCAAACAUCAAACUCAGGUGACCUUGACUACAGAGUACUGAAGGGCAGAAUGAGAGGACAGGCCUUCAUCACAUUUCCUGACAGUGAUACAGCUUUGUAUGCCAUGCAGUGUGUGAAUGGCUAUAAACUGAGAGGGAAACCGAUUAUUAUCCAGUUUGGAAGAAACAGUUCUAAUAUCCAGCCAGCAUCUUGACAUUGUGUACAAAAUCUCAUAAAUACAAAAUUAUGUAAAUAUAUUACAUUGUGUGUAUAGUUAAUUUAUGAAGUUUUCCAAGAACAAUUACCAGAAGACUAUUUUAGCACAAUGGAAAUUCAUCUAAAUUUACAAUAGAAUUUCAUGUAAAAACUUAUACAGACAUGAUCAAGUGUUCAACAUAUGAUUAAGGCUGGAUUUUUGUAUGAAGUCAGCCUUGUUAUUAAAAUACAGCACCAUCCACA